CAGUAGUGAACAUCUGUCUCCUCUGGAUGAAUUGCGCCUGAGCUCCGGUCUGAAGACACUCACGCACGCAGGCGGGCUGUGCGCGGACGGACGGACCGGAGCGGAGCGGAGCAGUGCGGGAUGCGGGAUGCGGGACGCCUCUGGAGUCAGCCGAACUGAGUCGCAGCGAUAAUUCAGCAACAUGAAGACUCCUAUGCGUCAUGGGGUCGCGGUGCUUCUCGUGCUUCUUCUGUGCGCCAGCUUGUUCCUGGUGUACAACGGCAGCUUCUACAGCACCUCCAGGGAGGCCAACGACACCCACGCCAGACCCAGCGAGCAGCUGCAGCGCCCCACCGAAGCCCCGGCCACUGUGGCCAAGCCUCACCCGCCGGCCCUCCAGGGAUACAGCGGCAUCAUUGACCAUAAGCCUCUCAGGAUGCACUGCAGCACCUGCUCCCUGGUGACCAGCUCGGGUCACCUCAUCGGAGGUGGGCGGGGCCAGGAGAUCGACCGGGCCGAGUGCAUCAUACGCAUGAAUGAUGCUCCCACCGCCAGAGGUUACGCCCGCGAUGUCGGCCGCCGCACCUCCCUGCGUGUCAUCGCUCACUCCAGCAUGCAGCGCGUCCUGCGCAGCCGCCAUGAGCUGCUCAACGCCAGCCAAGACACCGUGUUCAUCUUCUGGGGCCCCAGCAACUACAUGAGGCGUGACGGGAAGGGCCUGGUGUACAACAACCUGAGGCUGAUGAACCAGGUGCUGCCCAAACUCAAGGUCUACAUCAUCUCCUGGCAGAAGAUGCUGCAGUUUGAUGAACUCUUCAAGAAGGAGACCGGAAAGGACAGGAGGAUAUCGAACUCCUGGCUGAGCACGGGCUGGUUCACCAUGACCAUCGCCCUGGAGCUGUGCGAUAGGAUCGAUGUUUACGGCAUGGUGGCUCCAGACUUCUGCAGGGAGCCUCAGCACCAGUCCGUCCCCUACCACUACUACGAGCCGCGUGGCCCCGACGAGUGCGCCAUGUACAUUUCCCACGAGCGCGGCAGGCGCGGCAGCCACCACCGCUUCAUCACGGAGAAGCGAGUGUUCGCCAGCUGGGCACGGACGUUUGACAUCCACUUCUAUCAGCCGGAGUGGAGCCCCGCGCCUCUGCCCGCCAACCGCACGCUGGAGGUCAUGCAGCCCGCAGAGCCCCAGAAGACGUGACUGUCUGAGGAACGCUCUGAAGGUCGCGGGCAGCUGGCACUGAGGGGACAGCGAACCCUAAAAACACAGGACAAAACACGGCACAGGACAGGACAACAGUCCAUAGGAGAACCGAGCCGUGAUUCUGCUGAGCACUUGUAGCUGCAGACCUGAAGGUGUUCCGUCUGAACCAGUUCAGAGCUGUUCUUGUUGUCAAGUGAGGCUUCCACACCGAUGAGAUCAUCAGAAACCUUCUCAGAGCAUGUGGAGCCUGCAGGUCUUUGUGCAUACACGAGUUCACCAGAGGGAUCACAGACACGUUUGGUCUCUCCAUGAGGUUUCCAAUGGAUCCAAGCAGGAAUCACGAAGAGAAAUAUUGUUUUAAAUUUAGCUCAGUAAGUAAGUGGAAACACAUGACAGUGCUGUCAGUCAAAAGUAAAAUGUACAUCUUCAGAGUUCUUUUUUUAUUUUUGCAGUUUGAGAUUUGGUUAAAAGAGAUUGAAUCCACCCCUGUUUCACGCAACUAAACUUCAACCCACUUCAAAGCAUUUGAAUAAAUCCUAUCCUUCACUUUCAUUUAUUCUGUCUUUGAGAUGUGCGCGUUGUGAGUUCAUGCAAGUCAAGCUUUGCACUGCAGAGCUUCCUGGAUGAUUGACAAGUGUGUAGCAGUCCAUGGGAGGUUUCACGGCGUGUGCACUUCUCUUAGCGCCCGAUGUGUAUGUCAUAAGACUUUGUUGGCUCCCGCAAGCGGUUAAUAGAGCGAUUUAUUUAACUACAAGCUGGAUUUCCAUGUAAAAGCACAGCCGUGUCGCACGAGACAAGUGGGAGAUGAAGAUUGAGAGCGCCGGUGUUGCUGCAGCAUCCAUUCUGCCGUAUUCAUCUGUGGCUGAAUCAGCGCGCAGCGGAGAGCAGGUUUCUCGUUGUUUAGACGGAUGAGAAUCUGUCACUUUCUCCCUCUGGACUAAUGGAUGUGCUUCAUGUGGACUCCUCCUCCUCUGGUGUCAGUCAAGAAAAACUUAAAGGACAAAUAGUUAUCUUAAUGAUACAUGCUGAUGUCAAGCCCUUAUCUGUUUCUGCCGCUUCCUUAACACAGAAGUGAUGUGACAGCGGCUGUGGGUUAGAUAUGUGGGUGCGUUCACCAUGACAGCGUCGGCGCUGAAAGCAGCCUAUAUGUGGCGAAGAUGUUUUUAUUUUCCAGAAAUGAUGAUCCAUUUUACAGUAUUCAGAGUGCAUGAAAUGCAAAGUGUGAAAUGAUUACAUUCCUUAUUAAAUUUCAACAUAGAUCAUGAAAUGCUGCUGCAACUGACUGUUGGAGAAAAUCUGAAAGUGUUGUUAGAAUUUAAAAAAAGUAAAAUCAUGCAUUAUGCAGAUUUUUUUUCCUACAUCCAAGAGACAUUUUUUAAAAACCAAAAGUAAUCAUCUAAAUAAUUAAAUUCCAGUGUUUUAAUUCCUUCACUUGGUUUUAUUGGAGUAAAAUCCCUCACGUAAACAUGCAGCUGCAUCUUCAGAGAUUUGUGAAAGAACAGACUGACAGCUGCAGCUUGGACUGAAUCAACAGUGCGCCCAUCAGAAACUCUUUUUACUUUUAUUUUCCUCUGUAACUUCAAUUCUGAUGGAGAAAAACACUUCCAGUUUGCAGAGAAACAUUGGUUGUAAACUGUGACUCACUUGUAUCCUUGACUAAGAGCAGAAAGUAUUUUUUGCUGCUCUUUUCAUCCGGUUACGGCAUAAGGUUGUGACAUGCUAAGAUAAUCGUGGACAACAGGCCGAGCUGCAAGGUCCCUUCAUUAUUCCAGGAGCUACAAAUACAUUCCUUACAAUGUUCCUGUUUGAGAGCUGGGAUGUUUUCUUCUCUUUUUUUGCAGCUGUGGCUCUGAAACAUGUUUCUGCCUGAAGGUUAGGCACAUAGAUCAAGGUAACAAAAGGAAAUCAAGAACACCGGAGGCACAGCUCACCUCCAUUACGAGGCUGAGGAACCUUCACCCGAUCGAUACGACGCCCUUCAUUUGCAUCGAGGAAGAUUAAUAGCUCGUCACAAUUCUGAAAAUACGGCUAAACUAAAAAGAAAAAAAAAAAAAGAAUUCUUCAGUGUUCAACAUAAAAAACCUACGGAUAUCAAUGAUUUAUGUCAUUAUUAUAAACGUUUUGAUGAGUAAAUCUCUUGGGAUUUAAGCAGCAUCUCACCUUAUUUAACAAAUGUUACUUUAUGAUUGGAUUAACUAAACAGAGUUCAAACUACCUUAAAAGUGACUUAAAAGUAAAAAAAAA